CAGUCUUGCUUGUCUUUACUCCAACAACUGGCGCUGAUAUUCCACACUGCGGAAAGAUUAAAUCGUAUUUAUAGCACAGACUUAAACUAUCUGACGCAUGGAUGACAUUAUUGUUUUCAAAAAGCAGCAUAACCAGUAACCAACCAAAUUGCCCCCCCCCCCACCUCCACCCCCCAUGUCCAUCACGUAUAGGCCCGGCAGUGGUUUUGAUUUAUUAAUUCUCCUUUUUGAAAUAGUUAAAUGGAAAACACUCACGCAAAGCAUUUACAUGUCUUUGGGAGGAAACGCUCGUUUUGUUUGUGUCCUGCAGAUAUGAAGAUCAACACAGAGGUUUUUCAUCAGACGCAAUUUAUUUUGGUCGACUCUGACGUCAACAGAAUACACGUUUCAUUCAACAUGCAAGAAAGUAAGUUAUUUAUAACCCGCAGCAUCUUCAGGUUGUGAUCCUUGAGUGCGCAGUGAAAGGAGUACUCCCCAUUGGACUGAUGUAGUGUGCCUUCAUAACAAAAGCCACGCAGCUCGUGUGCUAUGGUGCCAGAGAGGUACGGCACCCUGUAACCCAAACUAGGACGCAUCGGUGGGAUCACUCACAGCGGAAAAAUAGGGACACAGGGAAGACCUGCAACAAACUUUCUGUUUUGAAUAAUUUAUUUUUUCCCAGAUUUCUUCCCCCCCUUACAUGUCAAAGCAUCGGGUGCUUUGAGCAUGGAAAGCCUCUCCUCCGAACAGGGCUGCGAGCUGUAAGUUCAACGCUGAGAAAAUCUGUGAUUGGCUGGGAAAUGGCAGACAUACUGGAGCUGCGGACAGACGGAAACUCACUCCUGAAGGCAGUGUGGCUCAGACGCCUGAGACUCACCAGGCUCCUGUUGGAAGGAGGUGCAUAUAUCAACGAGAGCAACGAACGUGGCGAGACACCACUCAUGGUGACCUGUAUGUCCACUCACAGUGACCAGCAGAGUGUCAGCAAGUCAAAACUGGUGAAAUAUUUGCUAGACAACCAGGCAGACCCCAACAUACAAGACAAAACAGGAAGGACAGCUCUAAUGCAUGCCUGCAUCCACAAGUCUGGACACGAGGUGGUGGAUCACCUGCUGAGCAAUGGAGCUGACCCCAGUUUGGAGGACAGGAGUGGUGCCUCAGCCCUGGUUUAUGCCAUCAAUGCAGAUGACAAGAAGACGCUAAAACUGCUCCUGGAUGCAUGCAAAGCUAAGGGCAAGGAGGUCAUCAUAAUCACCACAGACAAAUCACCAUCAGGCACUAAAACUACCAAACAGUACCUAAAUGUCCCCCCGUCGCCAGGGUUGGAUGAGAGGUCUUCCCCAGCAUACUGUACCUCUCCUUCUGAUAUUGAUGUUACUGCGUCUCGCACACCUGAGCAAGAGCAACAAAACUCAGUCUUCAGUUUCCAGACAAAGCUGAAAACCUCUAGUUCGGCUGCGAAGCUCGCCAAUGGGCCCACGUCUCCAACACGGCGGCCUGCAAACCCCAAACGUGCGCGUCUGCCUCAGCUGAAGAGGCUGCAGUCAGAGCCUUGGGGUCUGAUUGCUCCUUCAGUCCUGGCUGCAGCUGCCGCCCAUGAGGAGAGUAAGAAAACCAGCUCUGAUGACGAUGUAGUUGCAGGGGUAAACGGACUCUCUAUAAGCAAGAGGUCAGCUUUAUCUCGACAGAAUAGCGUGGAUGGAAAGGACAGCUUAUUCCCACCGGUGGGUGAACAACCCUGUAAAAUGACAACCUCACUAUCGGUUCCUCCAGCAUCCAAAGCGUCAUAUGAGAGAUCUCUAGGCCAGCACCAGCCGCUGGCACGGCGCAGUACUGUGCCCACAGAGCAAGAGAGCAGCAGCUGCAGCACUGGACUCGCCAGUCUGAGAGACACCAUGCAUAGGAGACGCCUGGGGAAUGAUCACUAUGACUCAGACUCACAGCUCUACACAGACUCUGCCAUGUUAGACUCACCUAAGGUUCCAGUGGAGCGAAGGAAACUGAACACAUCUCCACUAGCGCUGCUGACCAGUUCCAGAGAAUCUCUCGACAGCAAUGCCAGCCCAUCCUCUCCCAGUACAGCACACAGGCGUGCACCUGGCCUCCUGGAGAGGAGAGGCUCGGGCACGCUGCUCCUGGACCACAUCUCCCACACCAGGCCCGGCCACCUGCCCCCUCUCAACAUCAACCCAAACCCUCCCAUCCCUGAUAUCGGGGCUAGUAGCAAGCCCUCGUCACCUCUGGCCACAGGUAUUAGGUCUAUAGCUCCAGUAGCACCAAACACACCAAAGAGAGGCGGCCUCAAGUCCAAGAAGAAACUUGUGAGAAGGCACUCUAUGCAAGUGGAGCAGAUGAAACAGCUUUAUGAUUUUGAAGAGUUGGCUCAUUAGUUAGCGAUGGUGUUUAUGCAGCACAUAUUGUGUGGGUAGAAAUGUUAACACCACUAAUUGUUAGGAUGUACAUCCAUAACUUUAGCUGAAUAGACACGGACAUCUAGAUGUUGAAUAAUGUAUAAUUUAUAAAAUAUAUAUACAUAUAUAUAUUGAAACUGAGCAAUAUAGAUAGAUGAUUUCUUCCCUGUGUUAAACCCAACCAUAAGGAUUAUCUUUCCUUCAACUUCAGCUGUGUAUGUAUUACAAUAUUGAAUGUAAAUGCCAAGAGAUGGUACUUUUCCUCUGAACUAGCUCACUUAAAUGAUAAUGUAAAGUGUAGACAACAUACAGGGUCCAUUCGUAGCCAGCAGGCCACUUGGGUGCACUUUGUGCAUAUGUAAUUAGCACAAUUAAUGGACUUUUUUGGAAACGAAAAAUGUGAUGCACUUGUCUGAGAUGUAGCUUUGAGUGAGAUGAAAAUUGACUGUUUGUAGCAAUUUUGUACAAAGUGCCUUCAAGAUUAAAAAAACACAAAAAACCUAAAAGAAAAAGAGCGGUCAGAUACAUUUGAUGUAUUAGGUG